GGGUUCGAAUCCGAGUACUGUAUCUCAUUUCUUGGAUCUGAGCGCAAAAACAUAACUCAUGAUAUGGGAUUGUGAAUUGAAUGAUAUGAAAAAUUACGAUUAUAUAAUCUAAACUUUUUUAACUGACAAAAAUGAAUGUGACUUCAGCUGCAAGUUGCAAUGCUCUAGGAAUAAUUAACCAGCAAGAAAUAAAAUUCUGCGGCCAUUAUGAAUGGAAUCCUGAAUUAACAAACAGCUUAUGUUAUGGAACUUUCUUUCUGUUAAUUGGAUCAUUGAUUAAAGGCUGCCUUGGACGUUUUCCUUUUUUGCAUAUAUUAUCAAUGCUUUUAUUAAGUUCUAUGUUUGGUUUUAUUUUUAAAUACAUUUUUCUAACAUAUCAUCUUUAUAAUAUAUGGAGAAAAUUUAUCACAGAUAAUUUUUAUAUGCCUAUUAUGAUUUAUAAUUUGGCAAUGACAAUGAAUUUACACAUAUUUAUUCAAUCAUUACUUCCAUGUGUCUUUUUAUCCAUUUUAGGAUUUGGUAUAACAUUUGUAACUGUGACUUUCUAUUUUGAAAUUGUUUUCAUUGAAAUUGGAAAAAGUUGGUUUAUGUCUGUUUGGAUGGGAAUUACCUUGUCUCUUAUGUCAUCUAGAAUAUUAAGAAAUGCUUUAAGACAAAAUGGAGUUGCAGAUCAUUUCAUUAUAUUAAUUGCUGGUGAAACACUGUUAAAUACUGUCAUAUCAUUUAUUGCUUACAAAUUAAAAUUGGAAAUUCAAGCAGAUAAUAUAAAUGUAUUUAACAUUCUUCAAAUCGUCCUGGGCCAUUUAAUUUCUCCAAUAUUAGGAUACAUUAUUGGUGUGGUGACUUUAUAUUUUAUGAAAUUUCUAGUUGAAGAUAAAUGCAAAUCAGCUUUUCUUUUAAUAAUUUGCAUAUUUGGAAGUGCUAUACUGACAAACUUUUUACCAGGCAUUUCAAGUGCUUUAUGCAUAUUUUCUCUUGCAAUUUAUAUUAAUUUAAAUAGAAGUGGUAUUGAACAAAUAUUACAAGAGGAUUUACAUGAAUUGUUAAACUCAAUAAGUUUUAUGGUGGAAACAUUACUUUCAAGUUCUGUAGGAUUUACAAUAUCAACAUUACUUCUACAUUGGAAUUAUAUAAAUUUUAUUAUUUUAUUAGAGGCAUUUCAUUUAUAUAUUAUCAUCAUUAUUGGAAGAUUGAUUUUAAUUUUAAUAUUAAGUCCCAUACUCAUGAAAUUUGGAUAUGAUUUAAAUUGGCAGGAUUGUGUCCUCCUUAUUUGGGGUCCUGUCAGGGGUGAAAAAUGUCUAUCUAUUAUACAUGGAUUAUCAUCUGAUGAUAAUUAUUAUCAUAACUCUAAUCGAUAUAUUAUGAAUGAUUUUUCAAAUGAAUAUGAUGAGCCAUUGAUGAUAACUGUUGGAGUGAUUGUAUUAACACAUCUUAUUAAUGGAAUUUCAAUUAAAUUUCUUAUUCAGUAUUUGGGUUUGGCAUCAGUAGCAGAAGGAAAAAAGUGGUCUGUAACUUGCUUAAUUCAGCAGUUAUAUGAAUUUAGUUUAGAAUUCAUGAAUGAAUUGAAAAAUAAUAUAUUAUUAAGUGCAGCUGAUUGGAAUUGGAUCACUGAAAAUAUAAUUAUAAUGAAAGAUAUGAAUGAAAAUCUAUUCAUUGGUAAAGAAGAUAAUAAUGGUGAAACUCAAUGCUUGUUAUGUAAACAAGAAUUAGAAGAAACCAAAAAGGCCAUUUUAUUAAAGAGAGAUGCUAGUGUUCUAACUAAUCAAUGUUAUAUGAAGGCUAUACAUAUAGCUGAGAGAUCCCAUCAGAAUUUAUUUAGAGAAGGUUUGAUUGGAAGGAAGGCUGUUAAUUGUCUAACUUCAUUUUGUCAGUUUACAUUAGAUAAGGAUGGACAAUAUCUUGAUAUUGAAUUACUAAAAAGCAGAAUAAAAUCUCAAGGUUUUCUAUUUAAAAUAGUUGUUUUUUUCAAUGUGCUGUUCAGAAAGCUACUUCGUAAAAGAAACUCGGAAAAUAAAAACAAAAUUGGAUAUCUUAAAUUUCAUGAUUCAUUUUAUUCAAAAUCUAAAUACAAUGUUUUCAUUCAAGAAUUUGCUACAAAAAUUACUUCUUCUCAAUAUUUCAAAAUGAUGUCAUUCUUUUGUAUAAUUGGGAAUUUGUGUUUACUUGUUAUAACAGUUUCUACUAAAAUGAAACUUUUGUCACCUUAUGUAACUUUUUUCUUAUACAUGAUAUUAGCUAAUAUCUUUGUUUGGGAAGUGUGUUUUAAGAUAUUAGCUCAUGGAUUUAAAACAUUCUGGAAUAAGUUUUGGAAUAAAUUUGAUUUUAUAUAUGUUAUCAUAACAGUUGUUCAAUUUGUGAUAUUAUUUUGGAAAAUUUUAUAUCUAAAUUAUUCUAUGAAGUUAAAUUUUCUUCCAUAUCUAUAUAUUCAAUCUGGACGACUUUUAUGUCUAUUGCAGUUAUUAACUUCAUUACAGUUAACUUUACUGAACUAUUAUCAAGACAGAAUUAAUUCCUAUUGGUACAUAAAUUUUGAUAUAGCUCAAGGUUUCUUUUGGGGCCAGGAAAUUGUAAAACAAAAUUUAGUUCAUAUUGCAGUAGAUGAAAAAAUUUGUAAUAAAAUAAAAAAUAAAUGUAAUAUAAAUAAAGACAAGAUUCUGAAAGAGAUGGCUAUUAUUCAUCAGCAGCAUUCAGAAGCUGUAAUAGCAGUUAAAACAGUUGUGGCAACUAGAAAAGUUCUUAAUAAUGCUAAAGACACUUUGAGUAAAAUGAAAGAUGUUGUGAUAACUGAUCCAGAUUUUACCAUUCUUCAAAUGAAUUUUGACAGUUUGCUUUAUAACACUAAUAAAAUUCCAAGUAAUAUUCCUUCAGUAUCAAGAUAUUUAACAGUUAUGAGAUCUGUUCAAUGGAUAGAUGAUUCUGUAUAUAAACAUUUACAAGAUCAUAUAUUAUUUGAACAGUGA